AUGGAGUUGGAUGAGGGGCCCCUCAUGGGGCCAGGUUUGGGGCCCCCAGGAGCCUCCAGGGACACCCCCUCUCCUCAUCCUACGGGGUUUUACUCUCAGUUCUUCUCCUCUUUUCAAGGGAACAUCAGCCGCGCUGAGACGACUUUCAUCAGAGACGGAGCAGCUUGUGGGGUCAGAGCAGAUGGCAGAGGAAGAGCUGAGUUAAGACCCCGAGUGCUGGCUGUGGAUCUGCUGCCGUUUAGCUGCAGCAGUGCGGCCAUUCAGACGGAGGAAAAUACCGUCAUUGCCACUGUAGAUGCGGAUUUGAUAUUGCCAGGAGGGGGGGGCACCAACGAACCGUACACUGUGUCUGUGGGCUGCGGAGCUGCGGAACAGGAAUUGGCUGAGGUCACAGGGGGCGAUGGGGGGUCGUUGUCAAGUCUUCUGCAGGCCAUGCUAGAACAGCUGCUGCUGCCUCAUCUCAAGCCUCUCAAAGAUACUGACGGAGGUCUAGACUGGAGAAUUUCCAUAGAUGUGAUUGUCCUUAAAGCGGGAGGCUGUCUCCUGGACGCUGUCAGCAUGGCCAUAUGGGGAGCGCUGAAGUCCCUAAAACUUCCAAGUGUAUUUGUAGAAGAAGCAGAGGAGAAGGAUCAGGGGCUCGCGCAUACGGAGUACAAAGUCUCGUGCGAUGAACGAAUAUCAGCGGGAAAGCCAUUUCCCAUAGAGACGGUCCCCAUCCUUAUGACGGCGGCCCAGUCUGAAGUUGCUGCUUCUGUUGAGCGGGCACAGAGCCGCUACAACCAGCCAUAG